AUGGCACAUCAGCCUGAGAUCAGCCUGGACUCUAAGAACAAUUAUUUUUGUGAACAUUGUUCAAAAGUAUUUUCCUGUCCCUAUCACUUAAAAACGCAUUUGAGAACCCAUACUGGCAAGAAACCGUAUUCAUGUGAACAGUGCUCAAAGGUAUUUUCGGAUGAUUCAAAUUUAAAGGCGCAUUUGCGAACCCAUACCGGCGAGAAACCAUAUUCAUGUGAACAGUGCUUAAAGGUAUUUUCGGAUGAUUCAAAUUUAAAGACGCAUUUGAGAACCCAUACCGGCGAGAAACCGUAUUCAUGUGAACAGUGCUCAAAGGUAUUUUCGGAUGAUUCAAAUUUAAAGAAACAUCUGAGAACCCAUACUGGCGAGAAACCGUAUUCCUGUGAGCAGUGUUCAAAAGCAUUUUCCUACCCAUCACAUUUAAAGAAACAUCUGAGGAUCCAUACUGGUGAGAAACCGUAUUCAUGUGAAAUUUGUUCAAAGGCAUUUUCCCAACUUGUACACUUAAAAUCACAUCGGAGAACCCAUACCGGCGAGAAACCGUAUUCAUGUGAACAUUGCUCAAAGGCAUUUUCCAAUGCUUCAGAUUUAAAGAAACAUCUGAGAACCCGUACUGGCGAGAAACCGUAUUCCUGUGAGCAGUGUUCAAAAGCAUUUUCCUACCCAUCACAUUUAAAGAAACAUUUGAGGAUCCAUACUGGUGAGAAACCUUAUUCCUGUGAUCAUUGUUCAAAGGCAUUUUCCCAACUUGAAACGUUAAAAUCACAUCGGAGAACCCAUACUGGCGAGAAACCGUAUUCAUGUGAACAUUGUUCAAAGGCGUUUUCCCUCCUUCAAAACUUAAAAUCACAUAUGAGAACUCAUUCUGGCGAGAAACCGUAUUCAUGUGAGCAAUGCUCAAAGACAUUUUCCAUCGCUUCAAAAUUAAAGCAACAUCUGAGGACCCAUACUGGACAAAAACCGUAUUCAUGUGAAAUUUGUUCAAAUGCCUUUUCACAGCUUGAAAACUUAAAAUCACAUCGGAGAACCCAUACUGGCGAGAAACCGUAUUCAUGUGAACAUUGUUCAAAAGCAUUUUCCCACCUUCAAAGCUUAAAAUCGCAUAUGAGAACUCAUUCUGGCGAGAAACCGUAUUCAUGUGAACAAUGCUCUAAGGCAUUUUCUCACCUGGGAAGCUUAAAAUCACAUCUGAAAAACCAUGCUAGCGAGAAACUGUAUUUAUGUGAACAUUGUUCAAAGGCAUUUUCUCACCCGGAAAGCUUAAAAUCACAUCUGAAAACCCAUACUGGCGAGAAACCGUAUUCCUGUGAACAUUGUUCAAAGAUAUUUUUCAACGCUUCAGGUUUUAAGAGGCAUCUGAGGACCCAUACUGGCUAGAAACCGUAUUCAUGUGAACAUUGUUUAAAGGCCUUUUCCAACGCUUCAGAUUCAAAGAAACAUCUGUUGAACUAUACUGGACAGAAACCGCAUUUAUGUGAAAUUUGUUCAAGAGCAUUUUGCCAACUCGAAAACUUAAAAUCAUACCAGAGAAGCCAUACUGGCGAGAAACCGUAUUCAUGUGAACCGUUUUCCAAGUAGUAGCGUAACUUCAAAAUUUCGGCCCCACCGCAAAAUCUAAUUUUGUC